CUGCUGGAUGGACCUCCAGGCUUACUACUACGCCUUUGCUUUGCCAGUUGGCAUCAUCAUUGUCUUCAACAUCAUCAUGUUCUGCAUCAUCAUCGUGAGCUUGGCGACCAAACCUAAAGGCUUGAGGAGUAACCAGAUUAACAGCUCGGCAACGAAGACCAGCCUCAAAGCCGCCAUUACUAUCUUCGUGUUGCUAGGUUUGACGUGGAUUUUCGGCUACCUGGCUAUUGAAGAUGCUCGUCUGCCCUUCCAGUACGCCUUUACCAUCCUCAGUUCUCUACAGGGCUUUUUCAUCUUCAUGCUGCUGGUGGCACGGAGAAAACAGGUCAGUGUUAUUCCUUGUGUUCAAUCGGAACUCUUCGCUGGCUGCUGA